CUAGUUUUCUAUGCUGGCUUCCAGCUCGGGAGUUGAAAUGUAUCAAAAGGCAGAAUAUUCAGUGAGCGUGUAAGGCCGCGAAACAAUAUAUAUCUAGCCAGGCAGGUUUUAAUCUGUACAGUUCUCAACCAUUGACGAUUCAAACUUGGAUCAACUAUAUAUUUGUCCAAACAUUGUGAUUGAUUUUGUCCAAUUUAUUCGCAACCCGCUGAUUUGUUUCUUUCGUUCGGUGAUGUGAUUUUGGAACGACCUUGAUCUUGCAAUCUUAAGUUCCAGUCUUUGUGUAUUUUAAAGAAAAUUUAAUUUCUUGAAUGACUUGAGGUUAACGAUUGUUCGAAGACACGGGAAGCGCGUAAUUUUGACAGUUUUCGUCCGUCUGACAGCUGACAGGAGUUGACGAAGUAAAGGACAGUUUCACUUUUCGAUCUUAUAGUCGAUUCUCAAGAAGAAUUGUCAGUCGACGGACUAAAGGGUUCUGUGUUGGCUAAUAUUUCCGACUUGGCCUGGCAUGGUUGAUAUCUCCUUGAAUGAUACGCACAUGGGUCUUGUCGAGAGCAGACAUACAUUGGUCUGAUGUUGAUUCUAAGCGGGCUUGAAUGACAUGAGGAUGGCUCUAAAACGGGGGGCAUUCCCUCCCCUUCCUUCUACUCUCUUCUCUAUGAGCAGCGUGAGAACUCGGAAAUUGUAGUAGCAUUGCUGAUUCUUCUCUUCAUUCUAAUACCUCAGCCUGGCCCAAAGGCCCCCGCGAAUUGUGUCAAAUCUUACUACUUUCUCUCUACGUCGAGAGAGGUAGGUUGAAUGCACAUGGAUGAAGACUGGCCAUGUAGGUGCAUCGCUUCGCUCACUAUACAUCAAAGGUCUCUGCUAACGUCACCAGGGCUAGUCACUUACCUUGCCCUACACGACAAGAAAAGUUGUCAAAAAACGUUUGUUUCACUAUUUUUACUAUCUACUGUAACUCUCCGCCUACCGAACGUUUAUGGACGCAGGUAGGACGUGGAAAACAUUUGAAGUUGUUUGAUUGGCAUGUGUACAUCGUUUUGCUCGUGGGAGUGUGUAUUUAAGGUCGGCCUGUGGCGCAUGCCUGCGGUUAAUUGACUGUUACACCUGGGCUUACCUGUGACUCUCAUCAUAAUCAUCAUCAUCAUCAACAUCGUCAUAAAGCAAGGCUAACAGACAGGGUCGCCCGUGCGCUCAUAAUUAUUUGGUUGAACCAAACAUCGUCCAAUGCCAGUUCUUCUCAAGCCACAUACGGACUUAUAGCUUGGAUUUUACUCCCGAUACUAAACAGACCACUGUACCUUCGACCAUCGCCCCCGUUCUGGGGGACUGACAGUGCUACUGGAACCUGUGAAAACUCCUUGCGAAGUUACCAUAAACACACUGUCAUACCAAUAUAAUAUUGGAGACCUUAUCCCACUUUUGGACUAUCAUUUUAUUCGCACCACGACCCAUCAUGGUUACCACUUCACAUUGGGGUCAGUUGGUGGUGCCCCUUGUAUGCUGCUGUGUCGUGGUCGGCGGCUGGCCCGGUUCAACAUCGUCCACCACAUCGUCGUCGUCGUCGUCAGAACGGAGUAGUCAGAACGAGGGCGACCAGAAUAGGAAAGCGCAGGUCAUCGAGGCGUUCGAAUCGACGCUUUUGGGGAUGUUUGGAUUGAAAGAGAGACCGAGACCGCAGGGAAAAUUGAGAGUACCUCAAUAUAUGAUGGACUUAUACCGGUCACAUACAGAGGCUGAAGAUGGAAUCAAUAUGCUCUUUGACUUCAAACACGUAUCUACGGGUACAGCUAAUACCAUCAGGAGUUAUCAUCAUCAAGACGCUGGCCAAGUUGUAUCCACAGAGCACCACAGACACAAAGUGAUCUUCAACGUAUCCACGAUGCCUGAGGAGGAAGUAAUGACGACGGCCGAACUGAGAUUGUUCCGCAAAGACCUCGAUGAGCACCACAUCGUAAAACGACACGCACUUCACGACAGAGAAAGUCUUAAGCCCAUUCAUUACAUGCAAAGGAUAAACGUGUAUCAUAUUUUAAAACCAGUUGCACGAAAUCGAGAUACGAUUAAAAGGCUGAUCGACACACGGUUAGUCGACGUUCGAAAUGCUAGUUGGGAGUCAUUCGACGUACGCCCUGCAAUGAGGGUGUGGCUUGAAGAGCCAGAGAAGAAUCAUGGAUUAGAGAUAGAGCUCAUAGACUCAAGGGGCAGACCAUCCCCUAACCAUCAUCACGUUCGUGUGACGCGAGAAGCCGACCCCAGCAAGGUCGAAGAACUCGAAAACGAGGAAGAAGAUAGAUGGUUUCAGACGAGACCUCAGAUCGUAACAUACAGUGAUGACGGCCGCACGAAGCGAUCGCCAUCAUCAUCGUCGUCGGGUAGAGGUCAAAAAAAGAGGAAAGGAAAGCGGUUGAAGGCCAACUGCAGACGCCAUGAAUUGUAUGUGGAUUUCAGUGAUGUCCAUUGGAAUGAUUGGAUCGUCGCACCGGCCGGUUACCAGGCCUACUAUUGUCGCGGUGAGUGUCCUUUCCCACUCGCCGAACAUCUUAAUACCACCAACCAUGCUAUCGUACAAACGUUAGUAAACUCUGUCAACCCAGCACUAGUACCUAAGGCAUGUUGCGUGCCUACAGAACUUAGUGCAAUCAGCAUGUUAUAUCUGGACGAGUACGAAAAGGUCGUCCUUAAGAACUAUCAGGAUAUGGUUGUAGAAGGCUGUGGGUGCCGGUAGAACCUUCCUCAAUACGCUCAAGGACUUAUUACAUGGACAGAACAUGGACACCCUAGGCAUUGCGGACAUUUAACUCACAGAGGAGCAUUAAAAUGGACUCCCUCAGUUCUGUCACUUUUGUACAAGGAAAGAAAAGGAUAUAUUAUUACCGCUUCCAAUGUGUGCUUUCUAUUUCCCCCAACAUCUUGAUGUGUUUAUAGAGAGGUAUGGGAAGACAAGGACAUAACUCAUCAAUGACUCUGCUUAUUUGGUGCUGUACAAAAUAAAUAAAGACAGACUAAUAAUAAUAAUAAUAACAAUAAUAAUAAUUGUGUUUUGUGAGCAUUUCAGCCCAGCUGAAACCAAGUGUUGUUCAGUAACGUCGGUACUGACUGUACAGUACCCCUAUUCGUCACUCUAUUACCAUAUUCUUCACAUCAAUCUAGAAUUGCUUUCAAUAUUUAAAUGCGAUUAGGUCUUUUUUUUUCUUCUUCCUUACUUGCACAUGACGUGAGUCUCCCUAUACACCUGUAUUAAAUGGGGAGAUUCGAUAUUAUAAAGGGGUUCUGGGAGAGAUUGUUUUAUGUUACAAACAAAAUAGUGAUUGCUAUUGCCAGACAUUGUGGCGUUGAGUCCAUAUCUUUGUUAUAAAAUGGAACGUGUGUAUUUUAUAAAAGAAGUUAUAUGCCUUUUAAAGAUAUAGUUUUUCACCUGUUUACUAUAUGUGUGUAAAAUAUAUGCAUAUUUCCCAAUUUUACUCAUUUUUUAAAUACAUUUAUUUAACGAAACAAAUCGGUUGAUUGGUUCAGUUAUCCCCACAUCAUCUCCGUCCUACCUUUUUUUAUCAUCAAAUACAAAUGUUGGUGCCUAUAGCUUCUGCUCGCUAAAGUAAAUGGCCGGGAGGAGAAAACAGGCUGUACGACAAGUAAUUGUUUUAAAACAGUAACAAAACAUGUAUUUUGCCUUUGACUCUAUGCAUUUGAAUUCCCUCGAUAAAAAAAAAAUUGUAUAUGCAAGAAAGUCGAGUGUAUGUUAGUGAUUUUAACAAGACGUGUGGUAUGACUUUGAUUGUAUUCAAUAACUGGAGGACGAAAGUAUCUACUAAUGUUUCACCACUGUAGUCUAACACAAGUCCUAUCAUACGAUCGACAUUGGUGAUACGUUCUUAACAUAUAUGAUCCUCUCUAUUUAGACGAGUAUGAAAUCAUGUUCAUACAUUAUUGAGUGAUUUUGACGAUAGUGACUCGAGAAUUGGCAAUUUACAUGAGUCAAUUCUCAUUCAAGAACAGCCAAAAUGUAACAAACAGAUGCCAAGAAAUGUCACAUUUUAAUUGUAAGAGAAGGUUAAUAUGAAAUUCAACCAAGACAAAGUGAUACUUGACGAAUGUGGAAAAUCUAAUAUAAUUACCGUGGAAAUUAUAUUUGAAUAUGGCAUACGUUUAAUAUUCUCACAGACAGUAUAUUAUGUAUGGCCACAUGACAACUUUUUUUUUCAAUCUCAUUUUCGAGGUUAAAAUAAAAAAAUUCUGAUCGGUGACAUCCGUAAUGUCCCACAUUUUAGGAUAUACGUCUUUUUAACGGGAGAAUGAAAAGAAACAAGCAAGCCAAAACCUGGACAUCGUUCUACUCACUUCCGUUCCUUCUUAUUUUUAGUUCCUGUUUUUUUUUAGCAGAGUAUUAACAGAUAUAUCAUAAACACAGUUCUGUUAACAUAAUAACUAAAACAUUUAUAAGAUUAUUUCUAUCGGUUGAUUGUCCCUUCCAUUUGUUUUCUUCAGGCAAUGUAUUCAUCAUAUUCAGUCGAAACCGUCGAGUUGUAUUCUAAACGCAAGCGUUGAAAAGCUAUUUUAAAAUUAUAUAUUUUGUGUAUAUUUUUCUAUGAAAGGCAAGUUCGUUUUGCUUUUAAAUGAUCCAUCGCUGUAUUUUUACUAAAUAUUUUAUAUAUGAAACUAUGCAUUACUGCUCAAAGCUGUAUUAGAUCUUAAGAAAAGAAAAUAUUCGUAGAUGAACUCUUUACAGAAUAUGUCUGAUGUACAGACGAAUUUCAAUGUGAAUUGCAUCUAUGAUUAUUUCAUUUGUUAUAGAAUAUAAUUUGAUUCUCUCUCUUUAUCUUUAUGUUAUAUAUCGUGCUUCUUUGAUUUUAAUUCUUUCUUUUUUUAAAUAGCCUUACACUUGUAACCCUUCUUGAGAGUCGGCUAUAUAGACAUAGAAGCAUUUUAAAUCAUGAGUGGGGAAGUACUAUACGUUGUACCGGAUAUUUAUUAUACUUUUUUGGACGAUGGAAAAAUAAUAAUGAUAAUGUUUUAUUGUACUGUGCCUCUAAUGAUAAUUACUAUAGUGCCUUCGAUUCAAAUAUAUUAUUUAAGUUGUACAUGUGUAAAAUAUUGUUUACAAUAAAACAAAUAAGUAAUUACCUCAUUGAUGCUAAUGGUAAAAACGAA